GAGGCCCCGCCCUUCCGCGCCCAGCAGCGGGGCCGCCCCUGCCUCCUCCCCGGUGCUCCUUCCCGGACGGCGCUAGAAGCCCUGGUGGCGGCGGCCCAUGGGGCCCUUGGCGCUGCCCGCCUGGCUGCAGCCCAGGUAUAGGAAGAAUGCAUAUCUUUUCAUCUAUUACUUAAUCCAGUUCUGUGGCCACUCUUGGAUAUUUACAAAUAUGACAGUCAGAUUCUUUUCAUUUGGAAAAGAUUCAAUGGUUGAUACUUUUUAUGCUAUUGGACUUGUGAUGCGACUUUGCCAAUCCGCAUCUCUCCUGGAACUGCUGCACAUAUAUGUUGGCAUUGAGUCAAACCAUCUUCUCCCAAGGUUUUUGCAGCUCACAGAGAGAGUAAUCAUCCUUUUUGUGGUGAUCACCAGUCAAGAGGAAGUCCAAGAGAAAUAUGUGGUGUGUGUUUUAUUCAUCUUUUGGAAUCUGUUGGAUAUGGUUAGGUACACUUAUAGCAUGUUAUCAGUCAUAGGAAUAUCCUAUGCUGUCUUGACAUGGCUCAGUCAAACACUAUGGAUGCCAAUUUAUCCUUUGUGUGUUCUUGCUGAAGCAUUUGCCAUCUAUCAAUCGCUGCCUUAUUUUGAAUCAUUUGGCACUUAUUCCACCAAGCUGCCCUUUGACUUAUCCAUCUAUUUCCCAUAUGUGCUGAAAAUAUAUCUCAUGAUGCUCUUUAUAGGUAUGUAUUUUACCUACAGUCAUCUAUACUCAGAAAGAAGAGACAUCCUCGGAAUCUUUCCCAUUAAAAAAAAGAAAAUGUGAAGUACAGCACUGCAGUGUGACAUAAGAAAAGACAGGCUGUGGAUUCAGCUGCAGUAAAUACAACACAGGAAGCAUUCUGGUAGAAAAAUACCUUGUAUUUGAUAAAAAUCCAUUACAUGAAAUAACUGCACAUACCCCCAAAACUCUAGACAUAACAGGCUAUGUUUUUCACACAUUGUAUUUUUAAGACAUAUAUAUUCUCCAUAUCCUGCUUCACCAAAAUUCCUGCUUCAUUUGGAUUUUAUACAAGUUACACUUACACUGUAUGAAGUCUGAUUAUUUUCCUGUAAGUUUAAUGAGAAAUAGAAAAUUAACUGCAAUAGAUUCAAUUAAAUUAAGAAACCAAACUUGAUAACCUAAAUUACAUGUAUUCUUUUUCACUUCCAAGUUCCCAAAUAGAUCUGUAGGAGAAGAGGGAUGGAAAAUAUAUUCCACAGUUGCCUAGAAUAACAUAUUUUAUAGACAGAUGUCUGUCUUCAGAUCUAAUAAUACUCACCCUAAACAUUAGAUAUGUUUAGAAAAUUAAAUAUCUUUCCAAGCCCUAUGUCUUAGCUCAGGUUGCUAUAAUAGAACACCAUAAACCGAAUGGCUUAAACAACAGCAAACACUUCUCACAGUUCUGGAGGCUGGGAAUUCCACUCAGGAUCAAGGCAUCAGCUAAUGCAGUUUCUGGUGAGGGCCCUCUUCCCAGUUUGCAGAUAGAUGUCCUUCUGUGUCCUCACAUGAGAGAGAGAUCAACUUUCUUGUGUCUCUUAUAAUGGCACUAAUCCCAUUCAUGAGGGCUCUACCCUCAUGAUCUAAUUACCUCCCAAUGGCCCCAACUCCAAAUACCAUCAUACUGGAGGUUAGGGCUUAACACAUGAAUUUUGGGGGAACACAAAGAUUCACUCCAUAGCAUUCUGUACCUGGCCCUACAAAAUUCAUGUCCUCCUCACAUGCAAAAUACAUACAUUCCAUCUCAACAGCCUCAAAAGUCUUAACUCAUUCCUGCAUCAACUCUAAAGUCCAAAGUCUCAUCUAAGUCAGAUGUGGGUGAGAUUCAAAGUACAAUUCAUCCUGAGGCAAAAUUCCUUUCCAGCUUUGAACUUGUGAAAUGAAACAAGUUAUGUGCUUCCAAAAUACAAUGGUGGGACACACAAAGGGUGGACAUUCCUAUUCCCAAAGAAAAAACAGGAAAAAAGGAAGGUGUAAUGGGUCCCUAGCAAGUCCAAAACCUAGCAAGGCAAACACCAUGAGAUCUUCAGGCUUAGGAAUAAUCCUCUUUGGCCUGAUACUCUGGCUUCAGGACCCAAUGAGGCAGAGGUAUUGCCCCCAGGACUACGUUGGAGGAGGAUGACCCCCACAUCACCAGGCAGAAGCUGUCAGGCCUGUUGAAACCAAGGCAAUGACUGCCCUUUUUGAAACUGAGAAGGUACCCCUGAUGUUCUCUGAAUCACCGUUCGGGGUCAGAUUCUCCUUUUCUUGAAGAAUAGUGUACAUUCACAGCUGAAUAGCUCUAUGGUCCCAAAUUCAAGAAGUCCAACAGUCUUCCCUCAUUCUGUCCCAUCUCCAUUCCUUUCAAUACAAACUGGCAAUGUUCCUGCUGGUGGCUGAUUAGGUUGUGGUUCACACAAAUCUAAUUGGAUGUCUGGUCUGCUACACCCUUAGUGUUCUCUACCAAACAUGUUUUCUUAUCUUUUUGUAAUAAUGCAGACAGAUUGAUAAUUCCCAAAUCUUGUAAGUUCUGUUUCCAUUUUUGUUAAGAAUUCUGUCUUCAUUUUUUGUCACAUUUUACUUUACGCAGUCAAGAUAAACCGAGGCACUCCUUCAACACUGGUUGGAGAUCUCUUCAGUUCAGUAUCUAAUUUCAUGCUCACAAUUUUACUUUCCACAAAACACUGAACAUGAACACAGUCAUCCAAGUUCUUUGACAUAUUAUAACAAAGAUCACCUUUCUUCCAGUCUCCCAUAACAGGUUCUUCAUUUUCAUUUGAGACUUCAUCAGAAUGGCCUUUAUUGUCCAUAUGUCUACCAACAUUCUCUUCAUGGUGAUUUACGUGUUCUCUAUGAAGAUGGAGGCUUUCUCUCCCACUUUCUUCUGUUUGAGACCUCACCAAAAUCACCUCUAUCAAUCCCUUCAUGGCAAUAUUGGCUUUUUCUAGCAAAAAAACUAGUACCUCAAAACUCUUCCAGUACUCUUCCAGGUGCUCUAGUACCUCAAACUCUUCCAGCUUGUAUCAUCUGUUACAUAACAUCAAAGCUGCUUCCACAUCUUUAUAUAUAUAUGGGUUAGCAGCACCGUACUUCUUGGUACUAAUUGCUAUCUUAGUCAGUUUGUCUGCUAUAACAAAAUAUCAUAAACUGGGUGGCUUAGACAACAAAUAUAUUUCUCACAGUUCUGGAGGCAGGGAAGUCCAAGAUAAAGGUGCUAGACAAUUAAGUUCCUGAUGAGGUUCCAAGGUGCUAGCUGAUUCUUCUUCAUGGUUUGCGGAUGGAUGCCUCCUUGCUAUAUGCUCACAUGGUGGAGAGAGAAACCAUCUCUCCCUUAUUUCUUAAAGGUACUAAUCCCAUUUAUGAACGUUCCAGCUUCAAAUGCCAUCACACUGGAGAUUAGAUCUUCAACAUGUGAAUUUAAUGGGGGACACCAGCUUUCAGUCCCUAGUGCUCUGAUGAUAGAGUAUUCAUUAAUGUCAUGUAUUCGUUAACAUCUUGUAAGUUACUUGGGCUUUGAUGCCUUAAAAGAAGACCCUGGACAGGCAUGGUGGCUCAUACCUGUAAUCCUAGCACUAUGAGAGGCUGAGGUGGGCAGAUCAGUUGAGGUCAGGAGUUCAAGACCAGCCUGGCCAAUAUGGUGAAACCCCAUUUCUACUAAAAAUACAAAAAUUAGCCAGGCGUGCUGGUGCAUGCCUGUAAUCCCAGCUACACGGGAGGCUGGGGGCAUGAGAAUCGCUUGAGCCCAGGAGGUGGAGGUUACAGUGAGCGGAGAUUGAGCCACUGCACUCCAGUCUAGGUGACAGAGUGAGACUCCAUCUCAAAAGAGAAGACCCUGAUGAAAAUGGUAAACCUUUAGCAAACACACAAAUGAUGCCCCAUUCUGUAUUCUUUUUAAUUUUAAAAAUAAUGACACACACAUACAGGAUGAUAAAAGGUAUAAAAAUAUACUAAGUACUUUUUAAAAAGGAAAAUUCGUGUUUUGGAUUGUUACUGAAUUAUUGCUAAUUACUGUAAUGUAAGUCAUAUGUCCUUACAUAGUUUUGAAAAAUGCUUUCUUUGAAAAUCUAAAAAAAUGUGUGAAUAACUGAUAGUCAUUGCUGUAUCAUUGAUGUAUCACUCAAUUUUUGGUAAAGAAUUAUAAAGAUCUUAUCUAGAAACUAUGUAAAAAGGUAUUAAAUAUAUUGUGAUGUAAGAAUGGGAUAAUAAAAAUGUAAUUUUAAAAAUGGGUAACUUAUUUCCACUAAAGAAAACAUUUGGAAAGAAACGAGUGUUAGGCUACUUGAAAUCUUUAUAAAUAUAUUUGGAUUUUAAAAAAUUAUCCUUUUAAUAAAAAAGCUACAUUUUUUCUGCUUUUAUAGUUAUCUUCUAAAUUUCAGAAAAAUUACGAAAAGCUUUCGUGUGCAAGGAGAACAUAAACCCUUUGCAAAUUUUAGGUGAGUUAAUCUUAAUCACUUCAAAUAAAGAUGGCUCCUUACACUGCCGAAUUACAUGUACGAUCAGUCACUAAAACAAAGAGAAAAUUAGAGAAACUACAUUUUACUGGGUCAUUAUAUUAAAGUAAAAUUUCAUUAUUAAACAAUGCUUUAAAACCAGAUUACCUUAAAAACUUCUUAAAAUUGAAAACCAAAAGAAACACAAGUGAAUUUAUAAUUAUUUUAAAACAGAAAAGAGAAUUGACAGUAAUUUGAGAUAUCUGCAACAAUUGUAACAUAAAAAGAUCUUACAUUCCUUUGGUGACAGACACAAUUGUUAAUACUACUGUGGUUGGUUACCUAUAUUCACAAUGGAAAGGAAUACUAAAUUUCAUUAUCAAUUAGUGAAAAUAAAGGUGUAAUUUCUUUU